UUAAAAACAACAAGGAAGCGGAAGAAUGAAGAAGAGGAGGAGGAGGGAUACACUGUGACACAUCAAAGGUUCUAUGUACCGGCUGAGGACCGCUGAGGAAGGAGAGUACAGUAACGAAAUCUCCCAGCUCAGGCAGGUGGUCUUACAAAACGAUGACAGACUCCUUGACAAGAUGCUCUGCCAGGAGAUCUACAAGAAAGUCAUCAACUGUAGAGGGGGCUGGGGCAUCGCAGGCACGCCUCUUCAUGCUGCUGUGUCUAAAGGCCACCUCAGCUGCCUGCAGGUUCUGCUAGCCCACGGUGCUUUAGUAGACUCUGUAGAUGUCAAAGCCCAAACGCCUCUUUUCACAGCUGUUCGUGGGAAAUACCUGGACUGCGUUCUUACCCUCCUUAGAGCCGGCGCCAACCCCAAUGGGAGCAAGUCCAAUAACAGCUCCCCGGUACUCACUGCUGCCAGGGAGGGCGACGUGGAGAUCCUCAGGCAGCUGCUGGUUCACGGUGCUGAUGCAAACUCUCGUUCUAAAGUCCUGGUGUGGCCCUCCUGCAACAGGAUGAGCAACGGACCGCUCUACCUGGCUGCAGUUUACGGACAUAUGGAAUGUUUUAGACUGCUGCUCCUCUAUGGGGCAGACCCGGAUUACAACUGCACGGAUGCAAGGUUCCUGAGCUUAGUCAAGCAGCCCAAAACGGUGCUGGAGAUGUGCCUCAGGCACGGCUGCGGUGUGGAGUACAUCCAGCUGCUUAUCGACUUCGGUGCGAAUGUCUACCUCCCCACGCUGAUCAUCGAAAAGUCCACAAAGCAGAACGAAGCCGUGGAGCUGCUUCUGAGUGAAAGAGGAAGCCCCAAAGCCUUGACUUCACAGUGCCGACUUGCUGUGCGGAGACACCUGAAAAGCAUCAACAAGAUCCACCGUAUGGAUGAGCUGGAAAUGCCAACCAGUCUGAAAUACUUCCUGCAGCAUAAACCAGUCCCUGUCCAUCACAUCAAAGGUUCUAUGUACCGGCUGAGGACCGCUGAGGAAGGAGAGUACAGUAACGAAAUCUCCCAGCUCAGGCAGGUGGUCUUACAAAACGAUGACAGACUCCUUGACAAGAUGCUCUGCCAGGAGAUCUACAAGAAAGUCAUCAACUGUAGAGGGGGCUGGGGCAUCGCAGGCACGCCUCUUCAUGCUGCUGUGUCUAAAGGCCACCUCAGCUGCCUGCAGGUUCUGCUAGCCCACGGUGCUUUAGUAGACUCUGUAGAUGUCAAAGCCCAAACGCCUCUUUUCACAGCUGUUCGUGGGAAAUACCUGGACUGCGUUCUUACCCUCCUUAGAGCCGGCGCCAACCCCAAUGGGAGCAAGUCCAAUAACAGCUCCCCGGUACUCACUGCUGCCAGGGAGGGCGACGUGGAGAUCCUCAGGCAGCUGCUGGUUCACGGUGCUGAUGCAAACUCUCGUUCUAAAGUCCUGGUGUGGCCCUCCUGCAACAGGAUGAGCAACGGACCGCUCUACCUGGCUGCAGUUUACGGACAUAUGGAAUGUUUUAGACUGCUGCUCCUCUAUGGGGCAGACCCGGAUUACAACUGCACGGAUGCAAGGUUCCUGAGCUUAGUCAAGCAGCCCAAAACGGUGCUGGAGAUGUGCCUCAGGCACGGCUGCGGUGUGGAGUACAUCCAGCUGCUUAUCGACUUCGGUGCGAAUGUCUACCUCCCCACGCUGAUCAUCGAAAAGUCCACAAAGCAGAACGAAGCCGUGGAGCUGCUUCUGAGUGAAAGAGGAAGCCCCAAAGCCUUGACUUCACAGUGCCGACUUGCUGUGCGGAGACACCUGAAAAGCAUCAACAAGAUCCACCGUAUGGAUGAGCUGGAAAUGCCAACCAGUCUGAAAUACUUCCUGCAGCAUAAACCAGUCCCUGUCCAUGUUCAAUAAAAAAGGAAGCGUGUGUUAUUUUAUCAUGUUUAUAUCUCAGCUUGACUGGUUGGUUUAACUGUUGGUCUUUGCAUACAUGUGUCUUAAAACUGCUUUUGUCUCUUCAUGGGCUGCUCUGUUCACACUGUUCAAUUAGAAGAUUACAUAUGUAAAUAUGUAGCAUGUUCCUCUGUUUCAUUUUUUCGUUUUACUUAACAGCAGUCUCCUAAAAGAUGUGGCUCCUUAGAAGUUGCUAACUCUGCUGUGUACAGGUGCAUCUCAAUAAACAUAAUUAGAACAUA